CAAGGCCGCUGUACUAUCCCUGACGUAUAGCAUCGGUAGAGGAACAAUGCUGAUCAUUGUUAGAAGCAUCACCUCGAGUGUUUCGAUUCUAUGAGCAGCAACGAGUAGCAGGGUCACAACCUUCGCAUCUGCCUAAUAGAGCAUAGUACAAGUCUGAGCCUCAAAUCUCGGACAACCCGCCCUUUCUGUUCACCGGUGCGGCAGGAUCGUUCAAUAUCAUUUGCUUUGUCUAGUACAAAAGGCACGCCUCUUUCCGUCUGACCAUACGUGCAGCCAACAUGCAUUCAUCAAUCAACACCUAUCGCCUUCGAGCCCUGGCUGAGGACGAGCUACCCUCGGAGUUCAAAAGUCUACAAUUGAGAUUGUCGGACCAAAUAAUCACCCAAGAACUCCUGGAUGCUAUUGAGCGCGGGUCACUAUUGACGACCACCUUUGAGGCUUGGUUCCGUGUCUGCCAGACUCCGACUAUCGUUGAACAAUCACUCAAGCAGAAAUUGUCAUUGUAUAUUAGGUCCCUUGGAAUCGCGCGACUAAAGACCGGUCUCGAAUCUACACAUUGGGAGAAGCUCUGGGAGGGUCUUGGCGGCACAGCAGGCUUACUGGAGAUCUUCAGCGAUCUAUCAGUACACGAGGUUAAGGCUGCGUGCAAGGCAAUUGGUCGCUGUGUAAAAGAUGGCGACACGACCAGAAAACGAGAGCGUGUGACUGAGCUGUUCAAAGGCUUACACCCCAAGGCGUUUCCGGACGCCACUGCCAAAACAAACGACUUGCGGCCAUUGACCGGAUUCUACCAAGCACUUGUAUCAAGCUGUACUCAGGAGUUCGCUGAUUGGAUUCUCAGUGAGGAACAAGAGGGGAAGUGGCAGUUCGUCAACGAAAAAAACCUGCUCCAACAACAUCCGAGCAGCAUAGAAAGAGCCGCCUUGCGUGCGGUAUUCGAACGCCCAACGCUUGAUAUGCAGGACAAGGAGAAAUGCCGAAUUCGUCUUGAGAAGCUGUUGACAAGCCCUUUAUCACAUUCAGUCUCUGAGCCAGGAUUUUCGGCUUCCAUGGAGUUCGCGCUCCGACUGCUUCGCGAUGUUGUUAAGACCCGUUCCGAGCACAUAGAGACGGAAUGGGCUUUGAGAAAGCUCAUUCUCCCUUUGUUCAGGCGUGCUAUCGGUAAGUGUGCCAGUCGUAAGCAUGCCGGCUCUACACGUGUCACCUGGUCUAGAACCCAAGAAAUUGUUAACUUGACCAUGGAAUACCUCGAGCAGCAUCACGAUGCAAGAAAGAUCCUUACCAGUGAAAAAGGCGGUGUACUGCAUAUGGUAGCAAUAUGUUGGUCAAAACGAUCGGCUUUAUUCGAAAGCCACCUCAAGCACCUGCUCCAGAUCGUGUUCGACAGUAAGCCUUCUUUAAGAGAUGUCGAAACGCUCCUCGCCCGUGUACCCAAGUCACGACGAUAUGCACUAUUGCACUUGACCUGCAAAGAAACCAUGAAUCUGGAUCUCGAUUUGGAGCAAGACCUGUCCAAGGCUGAAGAUCGACUCUCCCCGCGUCUGCUCAGUUGUCUUGAAGAUUCUGCGGCACUGGGCCUGUUCCAGCGCCUCCGCAGUGCUAGAGGCGACGUGGGGCUUGUCGAAGAAGGUGAUUAUGGGUCUGUACUAGCAACAAAACGGACUUCCGAUGCGAACGAUGGAGACCCAGACAUAUACUAUCUCGUCCUUCUCAAUCGCAAUGAGCGGCAACAGGAAGCAGAGGUUUACGCUAUUGAUAUCAUAGAGUCGCGCAAGAAGAUCACAAGAACGAGCUCCAACAGGGAUGCACGCGCAUUGCAUGCACUUUCUGUCUGGGCGUGUGCACAUGCCAGCGGGUCCCUCGCGAUUCUCUCCAAAACCGUGCAGUGGGCCAAAGGGUUCAUUCGAGAUCAGCUGACAGCCUCAAAGCUCUUCUCGACGUACUAUACAGAGACUUGUCGCCUGCUCUCUGGAUUCUCUGUACAAGGCAGUUCAACUCUGGUGCCGCAGGAUCUUGGCCCACGAGUCAGACAAGCCAACGCAAUAUUGUCCGAUCUACUUGAUAUCGCUUGCUUAGCGAUACGCGAGCCUUCCUUUCGCUCCCACGAGUGGCGCCAGACCUUGGGGUUACUCGCUCGUAUCGUUAAGAAACGCGUGGAGUUGUCAGCGGAAGUGACCAGGAAAGGGACAGUUUCUGGGCAAGACCUAUACCAAGACCUCUGGGAAGACACAAUCGAAAUGCUUCUGCGGGCAGAAAGACUGGUGAACGACGAGGAGUACACACGUCUCGAUGCCAGGUCAACUUGCGGUUUCAUUACAUCGUGGCAAUACGUGUUUUCGGUCAUCACUUCAGAUGUCCGUGCAACGGAUGUGUGGCGAUUCAUCGAUAAUCUGGCCAAGGCCAGGAACGACUUGUGGACGGAGUUGAGACCGGCUAGGUAUCCCGAGGUUCUCACUCUGCCCGAUCCAUUGCCGCGCGGGUUGCCGCUACAGAGUCUUCUCUCAGCCUGUACUGCACAGUCUGUAGAACUUCAUGAGGUCUUACCUUACAUCUUCUCGCGAGUGAAAGGGACGCUCUUCAUGGACUCAGAGGCUGCUCUGAAGCCGAUGAGCUCUGACAAAGCUAUACGGCAAGCUAUUGGCCAAUUUGUGGACAGCUACACUUGCGCUAUCAACCUCUACAUUCCCAAGUCAUGCGUAGCAGAAGUGAAGAAAAGGAGGCUGAGCGAGGUUUGGAACCAUCUCACUGGUCCUCUGAGUGUGGGAAGAAUGAACGCAGAAGAGGCUUCUAGUUAUUGGAACCCGAUCAUUCCAUAUCACUUCAGGAACGCGCUUGGCGGUAUAAUACCAAGAAACGAACCGGUGCGAUGGCCGAGGAUGCCAGAGUCGGACGACCCGUCGGAGACUCAAGAAUGGAACCCCCUUGACGGCCGACCAGAGGAUGUUAAAAGUAAGACGCGCAGUCUUGGACCGGCCACAUAUGUUGAUAUUGCCACAUUCGGCAUGCAAAGCGAAGUUUCGAAGCCUAAUAUGCUGUCUCCUUGUCCUAAACUCAAGACAUCAUCAGUCCGUAUAGAAGGUCGCUCUUAUGGAUCGAUUUGGGGUCGUCACCCACCUGGAUUUGAGUCCGAAGCAAGGGAAGCUGCUGCGUUGGCCGCGCUGUUGUACUUGGAUGCGAAAUAUGGCACGACUGGAAGACUCUUGGUAACACCUUUUCCGUCGUUAGACGAUGUGCGGUUUCCUUGCGUGUAUCUGGACGAGGAGUUCCUUGCCCUUGAUGAUUUGAAGGCUUUGGACGCUGCACAAUGCACGAUUGUAAGAUGUGCGCCUUUCCCAUUGGUACACAAGGUUGCCACAACACUUGUUGAGAGAUUGGGCUCGAGCUCUACGAAGAACGUAACCACCUUGGAGUCAGCAACUUUCACGCUCAUUCGUGGCCUGAUUCAAGGUGAAAGCCCUGCCAUGGCAUUCGAUCUAGUCCUAAGGAUUAUCAUGGAUUGGCCAGACGCCAGCUCCUGGCAUCGUGUGCUGUUCAAUACUGGUCUACUUCACCGCCUCUCGGCUUCAGACGCCAAGAAGUGCAUCUCAAUGUAUGCCGAAGCCAUCGGGAAAAAGCUGAACGCUUUGGGGCUUGAGAGGAAGGCUGCAAUCGAGACCGGAUCAGAGGAUGAAGUGAUAUCAAAGGCGCCUCAUGUCAAGAUUACAACACUGAAGUCGCUUGCCCAGAUACUAAACGGGUCUUUCUACAUCAGCGACAAAGCCUCGUUAGACAUUCUCGUAGGCCUUUCUCAGAAGAUCUCUCAUAUUGACGUCCGAGUCAGUAUCCUCAAGAGUCUUUUGAGCAGGCUGGACGUCAACCGGCCUGAUCUGUGGGACAUCGUAUUGUCGACCCUGGAAACCUUCAUACCCCUGAUUGGCAGUCUGAACGAGCGGACAGCCGUGCCUCAACACACAAAUGGACAAAUCGGCAGUGACAACGGCGGUCAUCAAGACCAACAGUCGUCCGAAGACUUACUCGCAGAACCCAUAUCGAUACCUGAUAUCCAGAUUCCGACUGGAAAUGUCGAAGAGGACUCGCCUAUGCUGGACUCCGUGCUGCGCCAUCUCGCUAAGCUUGAGGAAGGCAAGCUUCUCAACAUGUAUAUGGAGCGUAUCGUAUUUCCAAUCUUCAGCGUCCUCGAAGAGCAGACAGCCGAAUGGACAAAGCUGUUCUUGAAGAAGUAUGCAUCGACUGACUCACCGGCGCGAGACGCUACGAUACCACCGGCUCCGAAGGGAUUCUACCUCCUGAGUUACGUCCUAACAAAUUCAGAUGUGAAGCCUUCCUGCGUACCAAAAACAGUCCUCGACAAAUACGUGGCUUACCUGUCUUUCCGAAUCAACCCGCCAGAGCCAAUCCGUGCACUGAACCAGGCGUUCAAGAGCACCCCAGCUCUGAGGAGCAUUAGUGAAGUCGGAAAGUGGCUUGACCUGUAUGGACCUGAUUUCAAGCAGCCGUUGGCAAACAUGCUACCUUUCAGCACAAUCUCUAGGUUCGAUAGAGACAGGACUGGAGAUAAAAGUUCGUCUGUCACGGCGCAAGCAUACCAGGCAGCUUUCCUUGCAAUCUUCAGACAGCUGCUGUUGACCGACGGUCCAUUGUACGGCCAACUGGGGCCAUUUGUGUCCUCGAUUUACAGAGACAGAUCCUGCGAGGAAACCUGGUGGAACGAGUACGGGAAAGCGGCACUCGAAUUGAUGAUUGCGAACGUCAACAGUAUCCGCACGAGGGAGUGGGAGCGCGACCCGAAUCGGAUUCCAUCUGUUCUCCCUGACGUCUUCCUGUGGCGAUUAGCGCUCCUCGACCUGUCGAUCGACGGUCGGCCUGACUUCGUCCUGGACGAGGAUCGCGAGCGGAAAUGCAAGGCGUAUGCGCAGCAACUGGCCGCCCUUCUCGACGAGAUAAGCGGAUCCGUGUACCACGAGAAACUCCAGCAGAUCAAAGAGCGGGUUCAGGUAAGGCAGAAUGCGUUGCUAUCGGCAAUCUAUCUCGGAGAUAUCUCAAAGACGAGACUGUCGUGGCUGACGACACCUGAGCUGCUGCGAGUCGACUUGGCUGCUUAUAUGAUGAUGCGCUGGAGGCGUGACAGUUCCGUUGGACCGCUGAAUGAUAGGCUUAAGGCACUAUUGGAUACCUGGAUUGCGAGUGAAAAUGAGGAGGUACGAAGACUUGGGUACAAAGUGCGCGGAGCUUGA